CUCGCUAUCUUUGCGCACUCAAUUAUUGUCAGUUUGUUUAAACAACUGGCAUAGCAUGUUCGAUGCGCUACUCUCCAACACUUGGCGAAUGGAAGACAGCUAACAUUAUGCUUAACUUCUUAUCUCUAUAUGCACCACGAUAACCUCGCUACUUUUUAGUAUUAAAUUAACUAAUCGAGGCAUUAAUUGCCGUGACCUGCUGCGGACGAGUUAUUGGCAAAAAGUGUCGUCUCUCAACGAAAGUAGUCUUCUCCAUAGUCGAGCCCAUUAUGUUGGCGUUAUCGUGUGGUGAUGAGCCCUAGAAAAUACCACAUGUGCUGCACUAAGAUCCACACCAAUCAUGGUACAUAAUGCCAUUGUGCAUAUAGCGUCCAUUAUAUAUGAAAAUAUAUAACCACUAUAAGGUUGAGAAUCUUACGGAAUCUCAGCAGCUUCUACUGCUUUUGUUUGUUGUUUGGAAAAAGUUGAGGUAGAAAUAGAAAUCAAACACCUUAGCAGAUUUGUAUUGGCUAAACAUGCUUUGUCGACUUAUAAGUUCGGAUAUAGGAGCUCCAUUUUAUGGCUUCACAAAAAACUACAUAAAUUGAGCAUCAGCCAACGAACCUAACCUAACUUAAGCUAACAUCUCUACAGUAAUCUCAAAAGCCUGCAGACGUUAGAAGUCGAUGACAGUUACUUUUAGGCCCUUGAUAUUACCCAAUGCAUUGCCUAGAUCAUGUUGGCACAGAGGCGAGCUACUUUAAUUGUAUAGAAUUUAGUUGCUUCGUAACUGUAGCGGGUUUUCAGUACUCUAAGGUAUAACGAAAUAGAAAAACACUUUGCUUGUAACUAAAGGUAUUUUUUUUUUGACACCGGUAUUUAUUUGAAGUGUGCUCAAAUCGCGUAGGAUUUCUUUAAAAAAAAAUAAAUACUAUUAUCUUAUAAUCGAUAGCUAAUAAUUCUUCUUUUCGAACUUAAUUGAUAAUCCAUUAUCUUUAUACUAUCUGUCAACCAAUAUAGUACUUUCCAGCGAUAACAAAAUUAUUCGUGUUUCAAAUAAAACAUUCGAAAUGUCUUCACUUAAUUGCUGUCAUAGCUCAGUUCGGGUUACGCUAACGCUGUUUGUCAAUAUUUUUAUCAAUCACAUUUCAGCAUUUUUCGUAGUUAGUGCUCUUUUAUUACGCGUUCAGUACGAAAGAAGUAGCGCAGAUGUCGUCGAGCAAAAAAAAUUUACUACGAAUCUUCGCGUUUGCAUUUUGGAUACUCAUAAUAUUGUUGAUACUUGCGACAUAUCAAAUGCCAUUGCAAAGCACUAAGCCGACAGGUGGCUGGUAUAAUGUAACGGCGGCUAUAACACAUCCACAUUUGUUAAUGAACGGCACCAGAGCAAAUCAAGCGGACGACAUUUUAAAACUAUAUGAAGCAGAAUUGCCAAAUGUGCCCUUCGAUUUGUGGCAUCGCCUGAAAGUGAUGCGUCUAAAUAACACUUGCGCCCGCGCGCCAUCGCUGUCUGACCUGCGUUUUCACAAUGAUUAUUGGCAGGUAUUUCACAACGGCAAUGUCAAUUACCAUCUCUUCAAUGCAUAUUUCGAUGCGCGCGCGCAUGUCACACAGUCCAGCGCAGUGGUGCGAGUGCUUGCCAUGUUGAAUACUAAGAAACCACCGAAAAAUACAAUCCACUGUCAGUUGUGGUAUGACAGUAAUGUUAAGCCGACGAUUGUACCCGUGAUAGAGCAGCGGCUGGUGUGGUACUUGAAAUGGAAAACCGAUGCUGAUUAUUUGUUACACUUACUCACAUGCGCAGUGCCCACGGUAACGCGGGUGGACGUCGCACCGCACGCCGUCUCCUUGGUGAUGAAUAUUUGUGACACGGCCUCGAAUAUACUGCGCGUACGCUACGAACGACCGAUCGGUAAUGAGACACAACACGGUUUCGCGGUUUGUCUGAAGGGUUUGGAUUAUCCUUAUGCUGAUAUGGGUCCGCGUUUGGUGGAGUGGUUGGAAAUGCAGCGUUUGUUGGGCGCACGUAAAGUCAUCACAUACAAAUUGGCGUUGCAUCCGAAUUUGGAGCGUGUGCUGGAGCAUUAUGUAGCUGAGGGUUUCGUUGAAGUACAUCCGCUGAGUAUGGGUUCGGAUAUGGUGAGUAAACCGCUGUAUCUGCAUGAUUAUCUGCGCGCGAGCAUUGCGAACAAGCGCAUAAACGAGCUGGUGCCCUACAAUGAUUGUUUCUAUCGGAAUAUGUACAAGUAUUCAUACAUUGUGACUGUCGAUAUUGACGAGGUGAUCAUGCCGCUCGGCAAUCUCACCAACUGGCAACAGUUAAUCGACGAAAUGGAGCAUUUGCGUGCAUCUAGUUGUCCAGAAGGCUAUGGGAGUGUUUGUGUGCGCAAUGUGCAUUUCCCCAUUAAUGGAGCCACGGUCUAAACUACACUGAAAGGUCGAGCAGCACCGCGGCAUAUGUUCAUGUUGGCAUGUUCAUCGACAGGAACAUGAAGAAGUUGGUAAGGCAGCUGGCUUCAAAAUAGCAGCGAGGUGCUGAUUUUACACAAUCACUACAAUUUACAGACUUUAAGAAGAGUUGUCG